AUGGGCUCCUCUGAUCCCAGCUCCGUCGAUUCUACCGACACCCCAUACCGUUAUGCCGCAUACGCGCAAAGAGUCCGGACUAUUAUGCUAGCGGCGCACCGUUAUGUCGCAUACACUUCAGAUAUCGGCGAGUCUUUCAGACCAGUUGCCCAUCCAUGGGUUGUUCGUUCUGCAUACGGUAUUUCGUGGGCAUAUUUGAUCGGUGAUGUCAGUCACGAGGGCUACAAGGCUUACCUGCGCAACCGCCGCACGCUGUCACCACCCGGCGAAGCAUACAAGGAUGCCAGCGAUAUUCCCAGUGACCAGAUCUUCAAGGGCAUGGCUACAGGUGACUUUGGUCAUGAACAUACGCAAGACUCACUCCAGCCUUGGCCUGCAACCAAGAUUCCUCUCGCGGAGGACUAUCGCAUGGUCAUGACUAAGCGUGCUGUUUUCCAGAGUAUUGCUAGUAUGGGUCUGCCGGCUUUCACAAUUCAUAGCGUUGUUAAGUAUUCUGGGCGAUAUGUGCAGGGCGUGAAGAAUGCGGUCAUUCGCACUUGGACUCCUAUUGGUUUCGGUCUCGCCGUUGUGCCUUUCCUGCCUUAUCUCUUCGAUCACCCUGUCGAACAGGCAGUCGACUGGGCGUUUGGUACCGGACUCCACCUUUACGGUGGUGAGGACGCUGUUCGUCCUCUCCCUGAAUACGCUCAGGACAAUUCUACCAAAGUUAGUCCUGUGACAGAUGCUACGUCCCAGAUUUCUUGGGAGCAGUUCAAAGAAGAGCAUGAGAAGACUCGUGAGCUCCGUCGUGAGAAUGAGGGUAACAAGUCUCUGCUGUCUUGGUUUGGCAUAUCGUCUGGGUCUGACGGGAAGUCUAAGAAGGAAUAA